AUGGCGGGAGGGGAGCCGGGCGAGCCGAACCCGGAGGAGUUCGUGUAUGGCGAGGAGGACUUCGUGCUGCAGGCAGCCGGCUGGGGCGACCCGGACUCCGCGCCCUCCCGGUUCGACCGGGUACUGCUGGCGGGCUGGAGCGACCGUAUGGAGCGGGGACUGUUCCGGUACCGGCUGGGACCGCUGCCCACCCGCGUCCUGCCCGGCCCCGUGCGCCUCGUGGCGCAGCUGAACGAGCAGCGCAGCGCGGAGCGCCGCCCGCCGCAGCCCGUCCGCAGCCUCCGGGAUCCCUUCGACCCCGGCGCCUUCAACUUCACCCGGCUGCGCCCCGCCGAGCUGCUGUUCCGCUUACGCCGCACCGGAGGCCCGGGAUCGCCACCCGACCCGCUGCUGGUGGCCAUCAACGCCAGCCCGUUGGAGCGGGGACACGUCCUGCUGCUGCCGGAGCCGGCGCGGCGGCUGCCGCAGAUGCUGACGGUCCCGGCGCUGCGCGGAGCGCUGGAGGCGGCGCUGCUCAGCGCCCACCCCGGAUUCCGCGUGGGCUUCAACGGGCUGGGCGGCGGCGCCUCGGUGAACCACCUGCACCUGCACGGACUCUACCUGGACCGGUCGCUGCCGCUGGAGGAGGCGCCGGCCGAGCCUCUGGGGCCGCGCCUGGGGCUGCUCCGCGCCGGACCGGCCCCCGCCUUCCUCUUCUUCGCCCCCGGCCCCGCGGCGCUGGAGCCGGUGUCGCGGGCCGUGUGCCGGGCGGCGGAGCACCUGGGCGGUGUCGGGCUGGCCUGCAACGUGCUGGCCACGCGGGGAGCCCCGCCGGCGGGGCCGGGGGCCGGGGGCGGCCGCGGGCUGCGGGUGCUGCUGUGGGCUCGCCGGCCCCUCUUUGGCCCCAAGGCGGGUGAGCCCUUCGCCGUGGCGUUGUGCGAGCUGGCGGGGCUGCUGCCGCUGCCCGCCGAGCCGCUCUACCGGGACAUCACCGAGGUGCAGGCCCUGAGCGCCAUCCGCCAGCACCUGCUGCCCGAGCCCGAACUGCUGCACCUGGGCUCGGAGCUGGCGCGGCUGCUGGAGAACUGA